AUGAAAACACACCGCUCUUUUGACAAAGUCAAAUUCAAGUUACUUCUGAUCGGUGGGAGGCAGCUCUCUAAGAUCUGGCCAGAGCCGUCCGUCCUUCAGCCAGUGUGGAACUACCUCCUGAAGUACCAUCAGGCUGAGCCUCAGAGCCCUCUGUUCCCCGUGGUCAUCUCAGUCUCCACCUACCUCCUCCUGGUGACCCUCUACACCCUGUUGGAUGUCCUGGCCCCCAGCUGGCCCACCCUCAACCGCUACAAGCUCCACCCAGACAGACCUGUCACAUGGGACAACAUCUGGACCACGCUCGGCCUCACAGUCCACAACCACCUGGUCUAAGUCUUCCCUCCCACUGUGCGCCGGGUGUGGAGGCCACCCAUCCCGCUCCCUCGCAAAGCCCCCACUCUAACAAGCUUCCUCCUGGGCAUCCUGGGGUGCACAGUGGUCUUUGACUUCCAGUACUACCUCUGGCAUCUCCUCCACCACAGAGUCCCCUGGCUGUACUGUACCUUCCACACCAUGCACCACCAGUACCUUCAACCCUUCAGCCUGGUCACCCAGUACUUGUCCGCAUGGGAGCUGAUCAGUGUGGGAUUCUGGACCACCGUGGACCCCCUCUUGCUGCAGUGCCACUGCUUGACCACCUGGUGCUUCAUGGCAAUUCAAGACGGAUAA